AUGUUGAACUUCUGACACUUCUGUGUCAAGAAGAAUGUAUUUUUGUCAACAAUAUCAAAGUCAUCACUGCUUUGCAGCUCUGUGAGGAGUACCAGCUCUACACAAGGAAGAUCUGAACCUGCUAAGCAGCCGCUUAAGAAACCAAAGUUACCAGUAGGUCGAUUCGAUGAACCAGAGGAGUCCAGUAUAGAGAGUGAACCCCUGGAAAAAUUCCCUGAUGGAAUCAAUCCUGCUACAAAAGAGAGGGGUGGACCUAAAGGCCCUGAACCUACACGUUUCGGAGAUUGGGAGAGAAAAGGACGUUGUAUAGAUUUUUAA